AUGACUUCCAAUGAUUUGAACCAAGCUACAAAAGUCAGUGACCUCUCACUGGAUGAAACACAUUCUUUUCCCAAAAGUUUGAGAUACAUCAAGUCAAAGUGGCUGGGAAAAGAGGACAAAAGGAUAGAUGCUUCAUCUAAGGAAAACAUUCAGUCUGAGACAGAAGGGCAAUCUCCAGUCAGUCGUCCUGCUACCAAUCAUAAAACUGCAGCAAAUAUCAAUUUUUCCACAAAUCCUACAACUAUCAAUCUUGAUGUUGAUUCAGAUCUUGAAAAUCUAUCUAAAUCUGUCACACCAUCACCAGAAAAGGGGAAAAGAAGAAAGGCUUUUCACACAAUUAAAUCAUAUUUGGAGAAAAAUAAAUCACAGCAAAGUAUUGAGACUAAGCAAAGUAAAGAGCCUCAAAAAGAAGAUUUCUCAAGUGUUUUAGUUCCCGAUUCGACACCUUCGUCAAAUCAGCUAACUAUUUUUGAAGAAAAGCAUCAUAAAACUGCCGAAAAUUGUAGCUCAAAACAAGAUUACUCUAUUGAUACCAUUGAUACUAAGCUGGAUCAGCCUAAGACCUUAUUUGAAAUCUUUAAAGUUAUCGAAAAUAAAAAGCAAUUUAGAAAGGAAUUGGCAGAUGACCGAGUUAAUCAGUCCGAAUCGGAUUCAGAGUUGAGCUCAGAUGUUCUCACUAUCAGCAAGAAUAAAAAUGAGCAAAAUGAAAAUAUCAGUAGAGAUGAAUUUGGUCACCCCUCAAAGGUAUCCAACGCAAAAGUUAAUGGCUCAGUGUUACCAAUUCCAAUGUUCAAUUAUCAAACAAAAAUGAUCUCAUUAUACGUUGGUGAUUUAGAUAAAUCUGUGACUGAGACUGAUUUAUACAUGUUCUUUUCUAAAUAUGAAGGUUUAAUUUCUGUCAAAAUCCCCCUAGACACAAUUAAAAAUGAAUCAUUGUCUUACGGAUAUGUCAACUUUGACAACCAAGCUCAUGCCGAUUUGGCAACAGAUGGCUUGAAUUAUACCAGCUUAAAAGGCUCUGAUGUUAGAAUCAUGCCAUCACUCAGAGACAAAACUCAGAGAGAAAAUAUGGGUGCAAACCUUUUUUUCUCCAAGUUAAGUCAUGACCUAAGCUCAAGAAUCAUGUUUGACAGAUUAAAAGUAUUUGGCAAAAUUUUGAGCUGUAAGUAUAGUAAAGAGAAAGGAACAUGCUUUGUGAACUUUGCCGAUAAACUCCAAGCGUAUAAAAUAUGCAAGCAGUUUAAUGAAACAAAAAUGGAUGAUAGAAUCAUCAAUGUCUCUGUGCAUAUCUCUAAGAAAGAGAGAGAAUCUUUUCAACAGCAUAGCAAACCUGUUUCAUAUACCUCAAAAGAAUUGAUUCCAAACUCCACGUCAACAAACCUAGACACAAGUCCAAGUUCAGAUGUAGAUAAAAAGAGUGAAAACGUUAGGUCUGGUAGUACUGAUCUUGAGAAUGAAAAUCAAGGUGUAGAAAAGGAUGCUGCUACCAGUAAGCCUAUUAGCACACAAUAUUCGAUAUUCAUCAGGAAUAUGCCCCUACACUUGAAAAGAGAUGUCGUUAGAAGUUUAGUAGAACCUUAUGGCACUGUUAAAAACAUUCUUACAAGAGACGUUCCUAUCAAGCAAGGUUCAUGGGCAUUAGUAACAAUGACAAACAAAGCCGCAGUAGACAAGACUAUACAAAGUUUGAAUUCAGUUGAGCUUGAAGGCAAACAGCUAUUUGUUACUCGUGCUAUUCCAAGAGAGGAAAAAGAAUAUGCAAAAAGAGAAGAAAAGUAUCCAAAAAAGAAACUCAAACUAUUAGUAAGUCAAAUAGAUAUGGAAAAAGAUAAAGAAUCUUUGGAAAAUUGGUGUUCCAAAUGUGGUUCAAUCAAAUCGGCCGAGUUUUAUGCCUCUUCAAAUGACGCAAACCAAUCAAAUGGAUACGGAUAUAUUGAGCUCAAUGAUGAAAAUGAUGCAGAUAAUUUGGUCAAAGAAAUAAGAGAGUUAGGCGUCUCUUGUUACAAAAUCAAAAUUGAAAUACCAUCAAAGGAGAACAAUUUUGAAACAUUUCGUUACCCUUAUGUGAUGAACGCUUUAAGUAGGAACGAUAACUACAAUGAAUUUAGAAAAAAUCCAGGUGUUGUAUCCUUCUCAUAUGUCGAUCCUAAUAAGAUGUUCCAGCUUGCAAAUUUCCAGAAGACGGUCGAUAAUGACAAAAUAAGUGUUUUCCAAAGGCUUGAAAACAACAAUAAAACCAAAUUUAAGGAAAGAGGUAAUCCCUUAAGUGAAACUGAUGAAGAAAUUUUGAAAGAAAAGCAAAAUGAGAUGUAUCGGGUUAUUUGGGAGAUUUGUGUCAGAUUAUUCAUACCAAAGCCUGAGAUAUGGGCAAACCAAAAGUAUUGUGCCGGAAUUUCACCCACUAACGAAAUUUUAAGUAAAUCCAAAAUUUCCUCACUUACGAAUCACUUGGUUAAGUUCUUCUGGGCAAACAACUUCAAUGAGUUUUACAAAUUUAUGAAACAAAAUCAAUUUGAUAAAAAAAAUAGACUUUUGUAUGUUGCUCAUCCUGUUCUUGCAAAUCAAAUAGUUCAAAGUGCAACCUAUCUUGGGAUAGUUCCAAAAUAA